AUGCUGCUGCUCCAAUACCUUCUCCAACAAUUCUUCCCAAACUGUCUGGCAACGCUGGCCAUUGUCGAAUUGAACUUCUUCUACUUCAUCCACAUGGCCGUUGUGUACUAUUUACAAGUACUUCGACUUUUCUGGAUUUUUGGCUGUUAUUUAUGCGAGCAAUCCAUUUCCGACUUCUUGACUCGAAAUGGGGCUCUCGAUUUCCUGCUUCUCGGCCUUGCCAGCUAUUUUGUAUUCCGAACGAUGUUGAAGGAGCUUGGCUACGAGCUUCGAUUCGGCACGAAAAGAGAUGAUGUUCUUCUC